AUGACGGCAACACAGGAGUAUGUGAUCCGAUUAAGAGAGUCAGAUCAUCUAGAGAGAGUGUUGCCUGCGUAUAUGGUUCCGUCUAUUUUUAUUCCCAUGGAAAGCCUACCUUGGACACCAUCAGAAAUAACGCGCCUAAAGACAUCUCUACACGAGGUUAAACGGUCGCCACGGACAGAGAUAGAAAUUCGCCUCCGAGCGUUAUGGGCCCAAGUACUCAAUUUGAAAGAAGAGAGCAUCGGAAUUGAUGAUAGUUUCUUCCAUAUUGGCGGUGAUUCUAUCAUUGCAAAGCAGCUUUCAUCUGCUGCACGUGUUUCAUUAGGCAACAUUUCUAUGAUGGAUAUUCUCCAAGAGAAGACAAUAUCCCGUCUAGCGGUUACCAUGGCCUUGAAAGGUUCAUCUGACUUCUCCGUGGGAAAUGUCGAAAACGUUCAUCAACCUUUUCAAUUAAGCCCCAUUCAGCAAUUGUACGUAUUGCUGGAACCAAAUCCCAGUCGCUGCUUUGAUCAAGGAUUUUACGUAAAAUUGCGCUCAUAUGUUUCAUAUGACGCACUAGCAAGUGCGAUGGAGGCCGUGGUAUCAAGGCAUGCAAUGCUGCGCGCCCGAUACAGUCGAACCGAGAACGGUUGGAAACAGCGCAUUGUCAGCGAUAUCAUUGGUUCGUUCCAUAUCAGCGAGGUACAUGCUCAAGAUUCGUCAGAUAGAACGCAGGGUAUACGCCACUGUCGCGAGCUGCUUGACAUCAAGGACGGCCCAGUUCUUUCUGGCGUCCUACUUCAUAAUGUUGAGUUUCAAACACUAUAUAUCACAGCUCAUCACCUCGUUGUUGACUUGGUGUCAUGGCGUAUCAUAUUGCACGAGCUUCAAGAGCUCGUAAAUGCUGGGCAUAUAUCAAUUUCUCCGACAAUGAGCUUUCAAUCAUGGACUACAAUGCAGUCAAAAUAUGCCGCCGAUCUAAGCAGCGCGACAUAUAAAGCCCAACCACCGCUACUAUCUUUCUGGGGUAUAAAUUCUAAUGCUGUGGUGGAAGGCGCAACAGCAUCAAAUCGCUUCGCUCUCGAUGAAAUAGUUAUUGCAGCGAUCCUUGGUACUUGUAACGCUGCUUUUAAUACACGUCCGCUGGAGCUUUUGGCAGCAGCACUACUUUAUUCUUUUCACACUGUCUUUUCAGAACGCCCUCUCCCAGAUAUCUUCACAGAAGGUCACGGUCGUGAACCUUGGAAUGACGAGAUUGAUGUUUCUCACACUGUGAGCUGGUUCACUACAAUUUUUCCCAUAUGCGUAGAGAUGGAGUCCAUUUCUGAUGUCAGUUUAUCGCACACUGUACGUAGUGUCAAGGAUUGGAUCCGAGCACUAUCACAGAAUGGCUGGUCACACUUCACCUCACAUUUCGCCGACUCUGACCAGGCAAAAGUAAAUGCAGCGCAGUUUCCGGUUGAAAUUCUGCUCAAUUUUGUCGGUUCUUUUCAGCAGCUAGAGAGAGAUGACUCGCUCUUUGAAAAUCUUGCACUUCCUGCUGGCUGUGAGCCAGAGCCCUAUUCCGGAUUAAGGUGGUUUGCAAUAUUUCAAGUGGAAGCUCAAACAGAUAAGGGGUGUUUAUCGGUCACAAUUGACUAUCCACAGAAACUAUGUCAUCAUGACAAGAUUACAUUAUGGGCCAAGCAGUAUCUAGCAACACUUCAGCGACUCACAGUGCUCCCGCAGAGGCAAGUAGAGUGGACACUAGCGGAUUUCCCCUUGGUAUUCAAGACUUAUGAGAGUAUUACUGAGUUCCAGAGUCGAGUUUUCCCGCAGCUUGGUUUAACUGGCACUAGAGACAUAGAAGAUAUUUAUCCUUGCUCGCCAGUGCAAGAAAGCAUCUUGAAUGCACAAGAGAAAGACUCCAGAAAUUAUCGAUCAGUAAUGAACUUUGAAAUGACAUCUUCUCACGCCAAGAUCGAUAUCAUGAAAAUCAAGGAAGCCUGGAGGAGAGUUGUGGGGAAACAUCAGCUUUUACGCGCCGUGUUCGUUAAAAAUGAGUCGAGGAGCCCAGGUAUGAUAACAGUUAUUCUGAAAUAUCGGGAAUCCGAAGUGCCAUUGAACGGAAUGGACGUUGCAAUCCUCGCCAAGGAACGUUUGGAUGGGUUACUCCUACGUAGAACGGUGACCUCGAUCUAG